AUGUCGGUGACGGAUGACAUCGUGGCAACAGUGCUCGAAAAUAUCGAGGAACGUGGUUAUGACGACGACAAACACAAAGCAACGCUCAUCAAAGACGAAGCCAAUCAAUUCUUCAAAGGUGACUCAUUUUUCUACUAUUUUGAAAAUCUCUAUUGAUUGCAGAUCAAGCCUACAAUGUUGCCAUUGAAUUGUACACAAUGGCAAUCGAAUAUCAUCCAACAGCAGUUCUCUAUGGAAACCGGUAAAUUACCCCCAUUUUGGGGCUGGAAAACCCAUAAUUAAAUAAAUAUCUUCAGAAGCAUGGCAUAUUUGAAAGAAGAACUUUAUGGUUCAGCUUUAGAAGAUGCAGACAACGCAAUCGCUAUCGAUCCCGCUUAUAUUAAAGGAUAUUAUCGAAGAGCCACUGCAAAUAUGGCUCUGGCUCGUUUUAAAAAAGCUUUGAAUGAUUAUCAAGCCGUUGUUAAGGUUAGACCAAAUGAUCCAGAUGCGAAGAAGAAGUUUGAAGAGUGUCAGAAGAUUGUGCGAAGAAUUGCAUUUGAGAAGGCGAUUUCCACUGAUCAUGAUAAGAAAAGUGUUGCUGAAAGUAUUGAUAUCAAUGUCAUGGGUAAACUAAGCACCGAAAAAAAUAUUCUCCUAAUCUAGAGUUCCUUUUCCAGCCAUCGAAGACAGCUACGAAGGCCCAUUCCUCGAUGACAAAAUCACCAAAGACUUCAUGCUCGAACUGAUCAGCAAAUUCAAAAACCAGAAAAAGCUCCAUCGAAAAUUCGCCUUCAAGAUGCUUCUCGAGUUCUUUGAAUAUGUGAAAACGCUUCCGACGAUGGUUGAGAUUCAAGUGCCGGCCGCGCAGAAAUUCACAAUUUGCGGUGAUGUUCAUGGACAAUUUUAUGAUUUAUGCAACAUUUUUGAGAUUAAUGGCUUGCCCAGUGAGACGAAUCCUUAUGUGAGUUCAAAUAUUCAAAAUGCCGCCAUUUUCUAGAGUGAAAUUAUAAGAAAAUAUUUAAAAUUCAUGGGUAAAAAUAGACAAUUUAAAAAAAUAAGGUCACGUUAAAUAUUUUAGUUUUCAAACUAGACAAUAGUUUGUUUCCUUCCAAACCCCAUUCCCGUUUUUCCAGCUUUUCAAUGGUGAUUUCGUUGAUCGCGGCUCCUUCUCAGUGGAGACAAUUUUCACAAUGAUCGGCUUCAAACUUCUUCUCCCCAAUCACUUUUUCAUGUCUCGUGGAAAUCAUGAAAGUGAUGUGAUGAACAAGGUACCUUUUCAAUUUUCUAGCUGAAAUUCCAGAUUCUCAUUUCAAUUUUUUCAGAUGUACGGUUUCGAGGGUGAGGUCAAAAGCAAAUACAAUCAACAAAUGAGCGAUUUCUUCACCGAAAUCUUCUGUCAUCUUCCGUUGUGUCAUUUGAUCAAUGACAAGAUUUUCGUGUGUCACGGCGGUUUGUUCAAAGAGGAUGGCGUGAAGUUGGAGGAUAUUAGGAAAGUUGAUCGAAUUCGACAACCGCCUGAUGAGGGAAUUAUGUGCGAUUUGUUGUGGUGAGUGAAUUUUGGGGAGGGACUAGGAUUUGCAUAGUGGAAAACUAGUCCCCGGAGAAGAACUGUCAAAAUCUGGCUUGAGCUCACAAGGGAAGGGAUACUUUUGAUGAAACAUAUCGAAAUAUACCAAAUCGAACAUGCUGAUCACGAUUCCGAAGUCAAAAAUUGCCACAAACUUCUUUUCUGGAGCUCCAAAAUUAAUUUUGGGUUUUGCCCAGUUUCACCUGGUUCCAGGGUGGAAAAUCGAUUUUUAUAAGGUUCUACACCUCCUUCUAAAACCUAUGGUUUUUUGAAAAAAUAUAAAAAACCAGCUGAAAACUGUAAUUUUUAAAAAAGUCUUGAAAAUACACGUUUUUUAAAGUUUUCACCUGGUUUUUCAAAUUUCUUGGAAAAACUAAAAAGCUUAUUCAUGUUAUAAAAAUUGAUUUUUCACUCAAGAAUAAGGUGAAAAUGGUCAAAACCCAAAUUUAACUUUGGAGCUCCAGAAAAGAAGUUUGUGGCAAUUUUAGACCUCAGAAUCGUGAUCAGCACGGUCGAUUUGGUAUAUUUUUAUAUCAAAAGUUGACCUUAUGCACUUCCUUUGGCAAAAUUAUUAUUAUUUUCUGCUAAUUUUUUGUGCAAAAGCGCUCAAAACUUCAAGAUUCAAAUUCCAGGUCGGAUCCUCAACCAAUCGUCGGCCGAAGUCCCUCAAAACGCGGUGUCGGUUGCCAAUUCGGUCCAGACGUCACCUCAAGAUGGUGUGCCGACAACGGAAUCGAUUAUGUGGUUCGAAGUCACGAGGUGAAACCCGAAGGCUAUGAAGAACACCACAACGGACAAUGCUAUACCGUGUUCUCGGCCCCAAAUUAUUGCGAUCAAAUGGGCAACAAGGGAGCGUUUAUCACGAUAACCGGCGACAAUUUGAAGCCGCGAUUCCAAACGUUCGAAGCCGUCGAUCACCCGAAAUUGCCACCAAUGGCCUACGCCAACAGCUUGUUCGGCUUCAAUUAG